CUCCCCGCCCCCCGCUCCUCCCCCGGCCCGGCCUCAGACCCCCUCCCCAACCCCUGCCAGGCCCCACGGCAGUAUGGGGGACAACACCAGUCCCAUCAGCGUGAUUCUGGUGAGCUCGGGGAGCAGGGGCAAUAAGCUGCUGUUCAGGUACCCCUUCCAGAGAAGCCAGGAGCACCCGGCGUCCCAGACAAAUAAGCCACGUAGCAGAUAUGCUGUUAACAACAUGGGCGACCAUACUGAUGACCAGGAUGGCGACUCCAGGUUUUCAGAUGUUAUUCUGGCAACAAUUUUGGCAACCAAGUCUGAAAUGUGUGGCCAGAAAUUUGAACUGAAGAUUGAUAACGUUCGGUUUGUUGGACACCCAACACUGCUACAGCAUGCUGUGGGGCAGGUCUCCAAAAUAGAUCCAUCCCCAAAGAGGGAGGCACCUACUAUGAUUCUUUUCAAUGUGGUAUUUGCACUGAGGGCAAAUGCUGACCCAUCGGUGAUAAACUGUCUGCACACUCUCUCCCGGCGCAUCGCCACCGUGCUACAACACGAGGAGCGCCGCUGCCAGUACCUCACUCAGGAAGCCAAGCUGAUCCUGGCCCUCCAAGACGAGGUGUCUGCCAUGGCUGAUGGAAAUGAAGGUCCUCAGUCCCCAUUCCAUCACAUCCUGCCCAAGUGCAAGCUGGCCAGGGAUCUCAAGGAAGCUUACGAUAGCCUCUGCACUUCUGGUGUGGUUCGGCUUCACAUCAACAGCUGGCUGGAAGUGAGCUUCUGCCUGCCCCACAAGAUCCACUAUGCAGCUUCAAGCCUGAUCCCCCCUGAGGCCAUUGAGAGGAGCCUGAAAGCCAUCCGCCCUUACCAUGCCUUGCUGCUGCUCAGUGAUGAGAAGACCUUGUUGGGUGAACUCCCCAUUGACUGUUCCCCUGCCCUGGUGCGGGUGAUCAAGACUACGUCUGCUGUGAAGAACUUGCAGCAGCUAGCCCAGGAUGCAGACUUGGCCUUGCUACAGGUUUUCCAGCUUGCGGCUCACUUGGUAUACUGGGGUAAGGCCAUCAUCAUCUAUCCACUGUGUGAGAACAACGUCUACAUGCUGUCUCCUAAUGCCAGUGUGUGUCUGUACUCCCCGCUGGCUGAGCAGUUCUCCUGUCAGUUCCCGUCUCAUGACCUGCCAUCUGUCCUCGCCAAGUUCUCCUUGCCUGUCUCCUUGUCAGAAUUCAGGAACCCCCUGGCUCCCCCUGUGCAGGAGACCCAGCUCAUCCAGAUGGUGGUAUGGAUGCUGCAGCACCGGCUCCUCAUCCAGCUGCACACUUAUGUCUGCCUGAUGGCCUCACCCAGUGAGGAGGAACCCCGCCCGCGAGAGGAUGAUGUCCCCUUCACUGCCCGCGUUGGGGGCCGCAGCCUCAGCACGCCCAAUGCCCUCAGCUUUGGCUCCCCAACCAGCAGUGAUGACAUGACCCUCACUAGCCCCAGCAUGGACAACUCCAGUGCAGAGCUGCUCCCUAGCGGGGACUCACCACUGAACAAGCGGAUGACAGAGAACCUGCUGGCCAGCCUAUCAGAGCAUGAGCGGGCAGCCAUCCUCAGUGUGCCUGCAGCCCAGAACCCUGAGGACCUCCGAAUGUUUGCCAGGCUCCUUCACUACUUCCGUGGCCGCCACCAUCUGGAAGAAAUCAUGUACCAUGAGAAUGCACGGCGCUCCCAGCUGCUCACGCUCUGCGACAAGUUCCGUAGUGUACUGGUGGUAGCCACCCACGAGGACCCCGUCAUUGCUGUCUUCCAGGCACUGCUCACGUGAGCCCAGGUGCAGAGUGGAGAGGCUGCUGGAGUGUGCGGGUGGGGCCAGCCUCCCCUACCCUGUAGCCCCAUCGCCACAUGCCUGAGCUCUCUUGGCCCUGAGGCUUGGGCUAGAUGGUCCACCUAGGCCUGCCUAAAGCCAAACCCCCACUGUCUUCCUUGCUGCAGGCCAGUUCAGUCUGGUGUACAGUGAGCGCUACAUUCUUACUUUGCUCACCCUAGCAGCAGCCUUCAUGUCACAGGGCUGGAGGGAGCCUCUCAGGGCUCAAGUCUGAUGAGGCCUGUGUCCUAUGUGAGUGCGGGCUGCACGUUUUCAGGCAUUCCUUUCUACUGACUGUGCCCCAUGGCCCCACUGUGUGGACACCCAGGAGGUGUAGGAACACUUGGUCAGCCUAUCCCCACCCCUCUGAGGGCUGUCCAUGGUAAAGUCUUGCAUGGUACCCUUGCCUAGCACUGAUUCUGCCCAUCACAUGCUGCUGCUUCCUAGCUUGGGUUAGCCCUCACUAUGACCCCAAAUAAGCCACUAGCAGACUCAUAGCAAAGCUGUCACCUGUCCUGACCAUAAGACACUCCAGGGCCUGGACUGCGCCACUGGGCAGCCCUGUUACCUGUGUAUACCCCCUGCCCAGUUGUGCAGGAGGCCCAACCUCAGGGGGGUUGUCU